AUGAACAUCAAAACUUAUUUAUUGUUCCUCUUUGCAUUCUUGGCAACUGGUGUUCAAGGUGAAUCACCUGCUAAAACUGAAAAACUGGGACUCAAAUGGAAAUGGAUGGUUUUCGCUUGUGAUACAGCUUUAAGUCAGUAUACUUUUGGUACAAACAUUACUAAAUAUUAUCCAUUGUUAUGUGGUUAUGCUCCAUUCACUGGUUCAAUUGUUAAUUGUAUGGCUAAUAACUUGGGUGAUGCUGCAUUUGAUAAAGCUAUAACUAGAUUUCAAUCAACUUGUGCAAACUAUGGGAACCAUAACUAUACAGUUCCAGAAUUGAAAGAGUUAUAUGAAAAUGCUACUGAAUAUGCUAUAAAUUUGGAUCAAUUCACUGGGAAUGUUUCAGAAACUGUUUUUUAUCAACCAAUUAACAUCACAAGAGAUGACGUUCAAAAUUCAUUGACUUAUUAUGAAUAUUUAUAUUUCAAUUACGAUGAAGGUUCUCUAUUAGCUGGUAUGAUGUAUGUCUUUUUCAUUAUUGUUUUCAUUGUCUUUGGGGUUGCAAAUUUCAUCACAAGAUUAGGUUUCCAAAGAUCAUUUAACAAUAAAUUCAUCAACUGGUAUCGUGCUAAUGUUUCUAUUCCAGCUUUAUUCAAUGGUAAACAUACAGAAGCACCAACAUUAUGGAAAAUAUUUUCAACUUUAGUUCCAACUAGAUCAGAAUCCAUCGUUGUGUUUUUAUUUAUUUGUCUCAAUAUUUUAUUAGCAACUGUUCACUACAGUUUUAGAUCAAAACAAGAACCUACAUCAUUACAAAUAGUUGAAUUCAUGGCUGAUAGAACUGGUCUUCUUUCUUUUGGUUUGAUUCCAUUAUUGAUUAUAUUUGCAGGUAGAAAUAAUAUUUUAAGCUCCUUAACUGGUAUUCCAUAUACCUCAAUGAUUGUUUAUCACAAAUGGGUUGCUAGAUUUAUGUGGAUCCAUGCUAUGCUUCAUUCUGUUGGAUGGACAUCAUAUGGUGUUCAAAAUAAUGCACUAGCUUAUUAUUAUCAAGAUGGUUAUUGGAGAUGGGGUGUUUUUGCUACUGUUAUUGGUGCAGCUAUUUUAUUUCAAGCUUUCCAUGUCUUUAGAAACAUGGCUUAUGAAACUUUUGUGUUUAUCCAUAUUGUUUUCGCUGUUGUUUUCAUUGUCGGUUGUUGGUAUCAUUGUUUGUCUCUUGGUUGGUUAGAAUGGAUUUAUGUCUCAUGGGCUGUAUGGAUAUUUGAUAGAUUAUUAAGAGUUGUUAGAAUGUGUGCGUUUGGCUUUAGAAAUGCUGAAGUUGAAUUGAUCGCUGAUGAUACUUUCAAAAUUUCUGUUAAACAUGGUAGAUGGUUCAUGCCAUUCCCAGGGUCAUUUGGUUAUGUCUACUUUAUCACACCAACUAUGUUUUGGCAAUCACAUCCAUUCACAAUUGUCGAUUCUGUAACUGAAGCUGAUGUUACAACUUGUUACAUUAAGACAAAAGGUGGUAUUACUAAGAGAUUAAACAAACAAUUGUCAAUUUUACCUGGUAAUAAAAAAACAAUUAGAAUAAGUAUUGAAGGUCCUUAUGGUCAUAGAGCACCAAUGGAGAAAUAUGAUACUGCUUUAUUACUUGCUGGUGGUAACGGUAUUCCAGGUCCAUUUUAUCAUGCUAUUGAUUUAUCAAAACGUGAAUCUUCAACAAAACAACAAAUAAAAUUGAACUGGGUCAUUCGUAAUCCAGAAGCUUUAUUAUGGUUUGCUGAUGAAUUGAAAGUUCUUGCUCAUACAAAUGUUGAAACUAAUAUUUACAUAACCGGUCAUGCUGAUUUGGAUAAAAUUGAAGAAAAAAAGGAAGUUGCAAGUGAUGAUUUAGAUGUCAAGAAGGAAACAGAAUCAGAUGAAUCCAAACCUGCAACAUCAGAUGAAUUAAUAAGUUCAUUACCUCACAUAACAUUCCAUCAUGGAAGACCAAACUUGGAAGAGAUUAUUUUGCAAAAUUUCACAGAUGAAUCAGGUCCUUCAGUUGCAGUUAUGUCUUGUGGUCCUCCAAAGAUGGUUGAUACCAUAAGAGCUUUGACUGCUAAACAUUUACAAAAAUCUAAAGGUCGUGUAGACUUAUUUGAAGAGUUACAAGUUUGGUGA